UUUACUUAAAGGAAGUUCAGAAAUUGGCCAGCCGUUGGAGUUGGAAGCCGACGGUGGUAAGGGCAGAUAUUGGCCACCUGUUGGAGUAAGGAGCCGACGGUAGCUCCUGGUUCAGAUGAGCUCAGAUCUUUCAAGGUAGAAUAUGUGAUGAGGCAGUUGCGUGAUAAAACCGUAAAACUAUACUCAAGGUUGCGAAUAGACUCUUGUGCGUCCAAUAAAGCAAAGCGUAACCUUGUCCUAACAAACAUCAUCUGUACCUCUCUGUUGUUGUCUUAUUCCUUCUUCUUGUCUUUUAUUGCUUUCUUGGGCCAAAAAUUGCAGCAUCAGCUGUCAAAAGCCACUCUCUGUGUCUGCAAUUUUACCACUUCCCAUUCUAGAUCCAACUACCCACCCAAGAUCUAAAAAAAGCUUCUCCGAUCCGGAACCCUACCGUCCGAUCACUCCCGAACUCCACCCCUUCCACCUUCCGAUCACCCUCAUCUGCCACAAUGACCACUAGCAUCCACGUCAGCGCCCUAGACGGCAUCGUAAACGUGAACUCCGUCUUCACCUUAGCCGUCCUCAUCGGCCUGGCCUGGAACCCUACCGACCCCAACAACAACCUUAUAUCGGAACCCUCCUGCAACCCUGGCCCUUCGGUUGCCGAAGACCUCGUCGCCUUCCACGUCUACUCCUUCAGCUCUUUUCUCUUCUCCAGUCUCAUCGCCCUGGGUCUCAAGCAGGCCAUCCGGAUCACCAAGAGCCCCGCCUACCACCCGCCAGUAGAGUUCCUCGCACACAUCAACCGGUCUCUCCUGCGUGUCGGGAUGCUGGUGUCGGGUGUCGGCUCAGUUUUCGGUUGUGGAUUCUUGAUGCUGGCUCUGGUCAACGUGGUCCAGAUCAAGCUUGGGACUUUGGCUUGUGGAAGCUCACAAAGCUUCGCAGCUGUGGUCCCGCUCGUGAUUUUGGUCCCCAUUGGGCUUCUCGUGUAUGUUUGUAUGGUUUUGUACGCUUUUACUCGCUAGGUUAAUGUAACUUUUUACUUUCUCUUGUC